CUUGCUGGCAGUUGACCGUUGGGCGUCGAAUCGUGUAAACCUUCCUUUUUCUCGCAUCCCCACCGUGAGAUCGGCGACCCCGGCUGAAGAUCCACCGUUAAAUCCUCAACAUCCUGACGCGCCCUGUUGCCAGUCUCGUGUCUUCUUUAUAUUCGACUCUUGCGUCCUUAUCAUCUUGGCCACUUGGCUUGGAAUUCAAACGCAGAAAUCUGCGAGUCCACCGCUUUUGUCCUUGACGUAACGUCCAUCCGUGGGGACCGAUCACGUAUCGCAGGGACCGAAAAAGGGCCUGCUACUAGUACUCCGUUUCCGUCAAUUGCUGGCCCCAAAUUCCACGUGGUUUCAAUUGUCUUCCGUGAUGGCGUUACCCGCAGUCGUCAAGGCCUCGUUGCAGUCGACGCUGAUCAAUGCCGGGUCCAAUAUUCUGGCCCAGGGUAUCCAGGCGCACCAGAACCAGAGACCCUUUGAACUGGACCGCCAGGCACUGUGGCUAUUCACCACGUGUGCCUUCUUGAUGUCGCCAUUGACCUUUCUGUGGCUGGAAGGUCUAGAGUCGGCUCUCCCCGGUUCAUACGAGGAGAAGUCAGCCCCCAAGUCCAAGACGGAAAAGGGCAAGGACCAGAAGCCCCGGUCGAGAUUAAACGUGAAAAAUAUCGCUGCGAAAGUCGUGAUUGACCAAACGAUCGGCGGUGCCUACAACACGUUCCUUCUCAUUGCCCUCAUGGGCUACUUGCGCGGAGAGGAUUACGGCACCAUCAUGGAGCAAGUGAAUAAUGAAUUCUGGCCCCUUCUGUUUGCAGGGAUGAAACUCUGGACAUUUGUCUCAAUCCUGAACUUCACCGUGGUGCCCACAGACAAGCGAAUGCUUUCUGGAAGUCUGUUUAGCGUGGUCUGGGCUAUUUAUCUAAGUUUGCGGUCUGGUUAAUCGUCUGCUGGGUUAAGCCAGACGUCUGGGAUGUCGCUCGUUCGGUCAGACCGGACCGGACCUACGGCGUACGGAGUAGAGUUAAGACCGACGAGGACUGGAGGAAUGGUCCAUUGAGGCGGUUCAAAUGGAUAUCGGAAACCUUAGCGCAUGAGUUGUCAAGCUGUUGGUGGUGCAUCGUUCUGUUGGUCUCUAGGAAUAAUAGGGGCAACCACGCGGACGCGAAACCGAGGGGCCAAAAAGAGAGAUGACGACGAAGAUGACAUGGAGACUGGAUCCAGGAACAGAACUUAAUCAGGUACGAGAGUGGUCAGCAUAGGAGAUUGAAU